AUGGGCAGCAGCACCAGUCCCAGCUUCGAGAUGGGCAACAAUGCCACCGUCAAGGCAGCCAACGAUGUCAAAGUCUCAACUGCGGCAGAACCAGAUUCUGGGAGGAGUUCGACGAAUAACUAUCAUGAUAAGGAUCAAUUGGAGCGUAUGGGAAAGAAGCAGGUUCUUCGACGUAACUUUGGUUUCUUGUCUAUUCUUGGCUUCAGCUGCACUAUCCUCAUCACCUGGGAAGCAGUCUUAGUUCUUUUCGCCCAAGGUCUCAACAACGGUGGCACAGCUGGUGUCAUCUACAGUUUCAUCGUCGUAUGGAUUGGUAACUUCAGUGUUUUCGCUACCAUGUGCGAGCUGGUCUCUAUGGCACCGACGUCCGGAGGACAGUACCACUGGGUGGCCAUGAUGGCGCCGCGGUCGUGUUCGAAAUUCCUCAGCCAUCUCACAGGCAUGCUCACGGUCGGCGGCUGGCAAGGCUCUGUAUCAUCCAGUGCUCUUCUCACGGGCAACAUGAUCUUGGGAAUGGCAACAUUGAACCACGAUGGGUUCCAGCCAGAGCUUUGGCAAGGAACCUUGCUGUUCUGGGCCAUCUUCCUCUUUGCUGUCUUCAUCAACACCCUCGUCAGUUCAGUGUUGCCCAAGUUUGAGGGAUUGAUCUUGAUCCUUCAUAUUCUGGGUUUCUUCGCCAUCCUUAUCCCGCUUGUCACACUUGGACCUCAUGCCAGUGCAUCAGACGUCUUUACUGUCUUUGUCAACAAUGGAGGCUGGUCCAGCCAGGGUGUGUCGUUCAUGGUCGGUAUGAUGGGCAAUGCCUUUGCUUUUGUCGGCACCGACGCUGCUUUCCAUAUGUCCGAAGAAACCAUCAACCCCUCCGUCGUCGUCCCCACUUCCAUCCUCCUCAGCCUGUGUAUCAAUGGCUGCUGUGGUUUCGCCAUGCUCAUCGCCAUGGUCUUCUGCAUGGGCAACUUCGACGAUGCCAUGGCUUCGGGCCCCGGCAUGCUCGGCUUCCCCUUCAUGUACAUCUUCGAACAGGCGACCAACUCCAAAGCCGGCGCCACCGUCAUGGCAGCCAUUAUCGUCAUCCUCGCCGGUUGCGCCACCGUCGGCAUGCUCGCUUCAACGUCUCGCGUCUUCUGGUCUUUCGCCCGUGACCGUGGCCUCCCUGGCUGGCGUACAUUGUCUAAGGUCAGCGACCGAACCACUGUCCCUGUCUACGCUGUACUUUGCACCGCCGUCAUCUCCAUCUUGCUGUCUCUCAUCAACAUCGGAUCCCCCGUGGCAUUCCAGAAUGUCACAUCUCUCUCUAUCUCUUGCUUGUACUCCUCAUAUCUCAUCGCCGCCGGCCUUCUCCUGUAUCGCCGAACUACCAAGGGCUUCACCCUCCCUGGCUCCGCCGACCUGCCAGCUUUGGCCAACACCACCGGGGCUGAGCUUGUCUGGGGGCCAUUCCACAUCAAGGGUGCUCUUGGUAUCGCCAACAACGUUUUCGCCAUGUGCUACCUUGUUGUUGUCGGAUUCUUCAGUUUCUUUCCUCCCAUGGUGGACCCUUCUGUUGACAUGAUGAACUACAGCGUUGUGGUCACUGGUGGCCUUGUAAUCUUCAGCGUUAUUUACUACUUCGUCUGGGCGAGGAAGGAGUACAACGGUCCUAUUGUUGAGAACUAA